AUGAAAAUUCUAAUUAUUAAUGGUUAUAUGAAGAGCUAUAAAGGAAUGAAAAACUUUGAACAAUAUAAAUUGAUAAUUAAGGAAGCUUUAUUGAGUAAAAAAGAGAUGAUAGAUACUGAAAUAGAUUUCAUUAUACGUGAUAGAGACUCUAUAGAUGAUUUAUUAUAUGAAAUAGAUAGUUCAUUUGUUAGAAUAGAAUGUGGCAAGAUGUUUGAUUCAAUAGAUAUAAUAUUCUUUGAAGGAGAUGCAAAUCUUAGACCAUGGUCUCCAAACGCAUAUAAAGUAUAGAAUAAAAAAAUAAAAUAGUAUUUAAUUUUAUUAAGAAUGUGUCUUAGAAGUAAUAAGAUCCUUUUUGCAUCAUCCUUUGCUCUCUAAGGAUUAGUUUUUUUAAUAGCUUCAAAUGUUGAAUGUGUAUUAAUAAUUAUAUUUACUAGUAAAUAAGCGUUAUAAAUGGAUUAAAUGGUGGAUAAUUGGGUGAUUUAUCUAAGAUCAAAAAGGAUUUAACUGAUAUUAAGUAGUCAGAUUUCUUUCUUGACAAUGUGACAGGAGAUUUAUAUGGAUUUAAUUAUGAUACAGGGGAAUGGAUAAGUAAGGGAAAUGCUGGAAUUCAUUUUAGAAAAGCUGCUGAAGAAUUUAAAACUAUUGGUAAGUAUAUCAUGAAGGCACCUCAAUAUAAAGUAAAAGGAAUGAAAGAAUUGGAUGCUUUAUAUGUGUCUAAAGAGAAUGAAAUAGUUUGUUCUUUAAGGAAGAAUUAAAUGCAUCAUUUCUUAUUUAAUGAAAUACCUUUUGAAUUCGUAGUACCUUAUAAGAAUUCUUGGGAUGUACAUCCAUUUAAUUUUGUAAACCCUAAAAAAACAUUUUAAACUUUAGCUGAUUGUACGAAAGGUAAAUAGAGUAUUAAUUUAUAUAGGUCCUUUAAUUAUAUAGAUAUCAGAUAAUAUAAUAGGUACAUAAUUUGCAAUAAAAAGGAAAUACAAAGAUACUACAGUAGUAUUGAAGAAUUUUAUGGGUUAUCAAUUAACUAAAUUAUGUUCAGGAUAAGCUCAUUCUAUACCAAUAGAAAUAGCAUCAAUAAAAUAAAAUGAUAAUGCAAUGGAUAUCUUUCUUGAACAUAUGAGUAAGAAUAAAUAUUAAGCUCAUCAAAAAACAAUUAAAUUUAAUGUAAUAACAGAAUUUCAUCAUGCUGGUUAUGCAGCUAAGAAAUCUAAUAAAUUAGAUGUAGUAGUUAAUAAUGCAAUAGGAAAGAGAAGAUUCAAAUAAUAAAUUUAAAAAUAACCAAGCAAAGAAUUAGAUAAGCUAUUAUCAGUAUCAAUAUGAUUCUAUUUAGAAUGAUAAUUCAUAUAGAUAAACAACCAGAACUUCUAAUAAUUAAUCUCGAAAAAUUGGAUCAUUAAAUUCUCAGAAUGGUUUGAAUUCCCCUCCUAAAGGUUAAACUUAAACUUAAUUUGAUGAUAUAAAUGAGCCAAAAUCUUAAUUUCAUAAAACUUCUGGUGAAAUUAUGAAAUUGCUUCAUCCUUCAAUAGAUGAUGAUCUGGUGGAAUAAAAUAAUAAACAUAUUUGGGUACCUGGGUUUUUAUCUCAAAAUAGUUAAAAUAGUCAAAAUAGAGGAUUGAAGAAUUCUAAUCACAAUACAAAGGAUUGUUGGAAUUAAAAGUUAAGUAUAAGAAAAAACUACUAAAAUGCAAUGCAUAUAGAAACUUAAUAUGAUAAUAUUUAUAAGACUUAAAAACAGAUAGAAUAAGAAGAAGAAAGAGAGAAAAGUAAGAAAAUAAUUGGACCUAAGUAAUUUCGUUGUGGUACUCCUGUAUAAUCUAAUUUGAUAUGCAAUUAUAUCAGUAGAAAUUCAUCUGUACCCUAACAUUAAUUUAGGGCUAUUGAGAAAGUAAAAUGGAUCUCUCCUCAAGAUUUUAAAGUUUGA